CCCAGUGAGUGAGUGAUCAGCAAACAGGCAGAGCCCAACUUCUAACCCCAAACAAAGCCCUCACACUCAGGGACAUCGCUUCUUCUUGGGCUUCUAUCAUUAUUUUCUAGGACCAGCACAGAUCACAAGCCAUCGCAAUAUAUAUAUUAAAUAAACAACAACAACAACAACAAAAAAGCCCAACAACCUACUGGACUAUAUUUCCAUCCCUCUCUAUGCCAAAGGAUUUUAAAGAGAGAAAGUGGAAUAUCCUUUCCUGUAUUUAUCUAUUUUUGGCUGAUGGUGGAUUUUGGAAUGCUGCUUGCAGACACUCAGUGAUUUGGAAGCAGCCUAUCUAUGGAUUCAAGGAAAUCUGUGUUUGCGAUUGCCUAUAGUGUCUUGCUUAUACGCUUGGAGUGAAACGGCUUAACCUGCAAAUUACAGCUACUAUUGACACUUAAGCUAUAGGCUUGACACGGUCCUUUGGAAACAAACAUUUCCUAUUCAGCUCUGGAACUUGAUACCUCAUCACUGUCCCUCCUUGCAAAAAAGAAGAAGAGAAAAAAGAAAAUGGUCGACUACUAGUUUCAGCUGUCAACAAACUGCAACCUUAUCAAGUGUGACUUCCCAUGUGACAACUCUUUGAGUUCAAUCAGGUAUCCUGUUUAACUGCUGCUUUGUGUACAUCAAUGACGAUCACUUUUGGAGUUAUGAUCAAUAAAAUAGCUCUAGGAUAGUGUAUGGUGCCAGUUCGUUCUGUCUUCCUGAUGUUACACUGUUGAUGGACCUUAGGAAAGAAAUUGAUAUGGAGCUACGAGAAACCAACCCAAAGUCAACUAAAAAUGACAUGGAAGAUGAUAAAGCAUCAUCCUUUAGUUGUGUCAUCUGUGGUAAAAGCUUCCCCUUUCAGAGCUCUCUUUCACAGCACAUGCGAAAGCACACUGGUGAAAAGCCAUACAAAUGCCCUUAUUGCGACCACAGGGCUGCUCAAAAAGGAAAUUUAAAGAUACACUUGCGAACCCACCGAACUGGUACAAUUAGUCAGGCUCAUGAUGUUGAAAUGGGUGAUUCGCACGUUGGAGAACUUGGAGCAUCUGAAGGUAUGGGUGGCUGUGCAAGCCCAACUAAAAGCACAUCAGCAUGCAACAGGAUACUUAAUGGUUCAGCACAAAUAGACGACUCUGAAGUGGUGGAUGAUGACAAGCCUGGGAGUUACCAGUGCAGUUUUUGUAAGAAUAAGUAUGAUCGAAAGAAAGAACUCGACCAGCACCUUCUACAAGUGCACAAGCCAUAUAAAUGUAAAUUUUGUAGUUAUAUGACAUUGAGAGAGGAGACACUGUUAAACCAUAUUGAGAAAGACCAUAUCACAACUUCAAUUCCGUUGAACAGGGAACCCUUUGCCGAGAAUGGCAAGAGUGAGGUUAGUGCAGGAGAGUUCCCUUGUGAAGUAUGCGGCCAGGCAUUUGGUCAAGCGUGGUUUCUUAAAGCCCACAUGAAAAAGCACCGCGGGUCAUUUGAUCAUGGUUGCCAUAUAUGUGGUAGAAGAUUUAAGGAGCCAUGGUUCUUAAAAAAUCAUAUGAAAUCUCAUGGCCCAAAAACUGGGAGCAAAAAUAAACCUAAAUCUGACACUGAGCCAGUAGCCACUAUUAAUGAUGUUGUUCAGGAAGAGGCUAUAAUGACUGGGUUAUCCCUCUACGAAGUCUGCACAAAAUGCGGGAAUUUUUUUACAAAUAUUGAAAGCUUAAAUGCUCAUAACCUCGUGCAUUGCAAAACUGAGGAAAACCCAGUUGAAGACAAAUCAGAGCAGGCAAUGGAAGUCUUAUACAAUGGAACUCCAGAUGUACCUGAGGCCAAGCAUUUUUUCUUAGAUUAUCUAAAACUAAAACCUUUAGAAGAAGUGGGUAAAAUCUCAAAUACACAGCAAGGUAAACGAGUUCCCGAACUUGACCCAGUCAAUAGCUAUCAAGCAUGGCAGCUGUCUACCAAAGGAAAAGUUGCAGAGGCCUCAGAGUAUGUAAAAUACCUGGGAUGGGAUGAAACCUUAGCAGAUGCAGAUGUAACGUAUGAUAAGGAUAAAGGUGAAUAUGUCUUUGUUGGUCAGGAGAAGCGUAAACGAGAGACUGAAAGUCAGGGUACUGGCAAUCCCAAGAAGCGCAGUUGCUCAAGUGGUAGCCGCCCCGAGAAAGGUAUAAGUGGCCAAUCAGGAGAAAAUGUGGAUGGACCAAAUGAUUUAGAAUUCAGACCACCAUCACGGCAGAGCAGGAGAUCUUCUCAGAACAAGUCCACAGAGUGUUUUGAAUGUGGAAAGAUAUUUCGCACAUACCAUCAGAUGGUGCUUCAUUCCAGGGUGCACAGAAAGGAACGUAGGAGCCUAAGUGAGAGUGGCUCCAUCUCUCACCGUGAUCGGUAUGGCUCAAAUAGUGAUGGUGACUCUGCUAGCAGGCCCAGUAGUCCAGAUUCUGCUUCUGCUCCAGAGGAUUCUGUUGCUUCAGGUAUGGGAGAGGAUGGCCCAGAUGAUGAUAGUUUUGAAGAAGCUACUUCUCAGUCUCCAGGAAUGAAGCAAUAUCCUCGUGACUAUUCCGGAGAGGAUACCCCAGUACAAAUGUCCACAACCAGCCACCGGCAUGAUAUCAAUUCUAAUGACACCAGCAAAUUUGAACCAAGUCAGUUUAAACCACAAAUACUCCAGUCUCCUUCCGCUUUAGUAUCCAACAAACAUCCCGACUUUUCUGUUGUCAAAUCUGAGUUUCCUUCUGAUCUAAAAAUACCAGCAUUCAAGUAUAAUAAAGACCCCCACGGUUCUGGAAAUCUUAUACAAGAUGUUAGUAGCAGCACAUCUUCUGAGGCACAACAUAGUCAUGACAUUGCAGUUGACAUGAAAAAAGGUUUCUCCGGUGAAAAGGGCCCCCCCAAUGGUGUGGCGCUAGAUUUGAUAAAGGACCACAGCGGAGUAGAAAAAAGCACUACUAUAAAACAAGAAUUUGUUCCAUUGGAUCUUAGUGAAAAAUCUACCAGGGAGGAAUCGUGUAGUAAGCGUUCUAUUUCUGCGCUGCAGGCAGCUUUGGUUCUUCACCAGUGUCCCUACUGCAGUCACAAAACAUACUACCCGGAGGUUUUAUGGAUGCACAAAAGAAUUUGGCACAAAGUCAGCUGUAACUCCAUGGCUCCUCCAUGGAUUCAACAAAAUGGGUUCAAAAAUUUGAAAAACAAUGUCCUAUUCUUAGCUAGAAAUGGCAGAACAGGUCCGCCGCCAGCACUUGGUGGUAAAGAAUGUCAGCCUUUGCCCAUUGCAAGAUUCACACGUACUCAGAUACCAACUCGUUCAUCGACAUCUAAAGGAAACUCUUCCAAUGCAGGAACUGUUCCUAAAGCAACAAGUGCGUCCCAGGGGCGUGACAACUCUCGUGGCUUCAGUGGUUCUAAGGCUACAAAUGUUGACCUGCAGAGACAGCCUAAAUCGGCACUUACACAGGAACCCUAUAAUCCAGCAAUCCAGCAACAGCAUUCAAAACCCAAAUAUGAAGCAAGUCCAAAAUUACUUCAGUCUGGAAAUUUCAGUAGAAGCCACACACCUGCUCAAAUGGCAGCAUCAAGACAAAUUUUGCAGCCAUCCACUAGCAAGCAAGUUGAGAAGUAUAUGAUGCCUCAAGGAGGGCCUAGCUUUGCCUCUACAAAUAAUAAACUUUCUCUGUCUGAUGCAAUGAAAACCAAAUUCGCUGUACAACCACCACCACCACAAUACCCAUAUCACAAGGUAGAACCCCAAGCAAAAUAUGAGAGCCUUCCAGUGCCUCAACGGGAAUCUCAGGGCAAGAUCAUGACUGAACUUGGGGCAUUGUCCAACUCUAGUACAUUAGCCAAAACCAGCCCUGUGUUACAUACAUCAUCUAGUUCUACAGGAGGCCCAUCUCCUUUCCAAUCAGUAAAACCAGAAGCAGCAUCUGAGAGCCAUGAAAAACGCCUAGACAUUUUAAAUAUCUUUAAGACCUACAUUCCAAAGGACCUAGCUACACUGUACCAAAGUUGGGGUGCCAAUGCCAAUAAUUUGGAUAAUGCAGGAAUGCUUAGGACACAGGCACGACAAGGAGACUAUGUUUGCAUUGAAUGUGGAAAAUGUUUUACCCAGCCGAGCCACUUACGAACUCAUAUGAGGUCCCACACAGGGGAGAGACCAUUCCAGUGCAGAUAUUGCCCAUACAGUGCCUCUCAAAAAGGGAACUUAAAAACACAUGUUCAGUGUGUACACCGGGUGCCCUUUGACAACAGCGAGUACCCAGACAAGCAGCUUCUUCGACCUACAAGUGACGAUCCCAACAAUUACAUGGAGGAUCAACUGGAAAACUUGCCUUCAAAUCAUCAAGUUGCAGGAGCUGUUGUGUUAAAGUAAAGAAUAUAACGUGAAAAAUUGCCCCCCUUCCCACCAUGCAGGAGUACACUGCACUUAGCAUAACAAAGUGAUAAACUUUAUCAACUGUACUGUUGUUCAGUCCUGAGGUUUAGCUCGGUAAGAAACAAUGGCAAGGCCUCUGGUGGCAUAUGACCGUUGUUCGAGAAGCAGAUUAUUCUCACACACUGGAAGGAAAGCAUUAAAGAAGUGACAACUUAAAUUGUAAGCACUGAAAUGUUUGCCUACUCUAUAGGACUACAUUUUGAUGAAAGAGAGUAGCCGAGACUGAAAUGAGGAUCGACCCUCUGGAUUCUUUAGCCACAAGAUUUUCAGUGAUGUUGCAUAGUAAAUGCAUUGGUCCAAUCCUGAGACCUAUUUUUACUUUAGUGGUCUUUGCUAUGAAGCUGAUGCUUCUCAAGGUACCACUUUUGUUUUGGGUUUUUUUUUCCUGACAGGAUAUAAAUUUGAACAAGAAAACACAGUAUGAACACUAAAAAAAAAAAAAAUUGGAAAACAAAAUCCUAUGGGAAAACAUGCUUCUCCAUUAUACUCUCAGGACCUUUUUGUAAUAGGGCUACUCUCUUAAACAUGCUCCCACAAAAUUAUGCAAGUUUUUUUUGUUUGUUUUUUUUUUUCCUCCUCCCACAAUCCAAUAACCACACAUCAGCUGCAGAUUUUAGUACUGUAUUAGAAAGAAAAAUUAACAGUUGUUGUGCAUGGACUUGCAGGAUAACCUGCUGCAUAAUCUGAUCUCCUUGCUGCAAAAUCAUUCCUUCUCUAAGCCGGUACCUCGAGAAGGGUUUUAAUCAUUUAAUUUUUCUUUCUAUUCAUCUUAAAGGCAUGUUUUGAAAGUGUUUUUAAGAGUUUCUCUGUUAAUUGGUGGCAUUUAGGUUGUGAGGGGGGAAAAGAAGAUAUAUUCAUAUAAAUAAAUAUAUAUAUAUAAAUAUAUUAAAUGGUAAAAAAAAAAAAAAAAAAAGCUUUAUAUACCUCUUCUGCAGCAACUUUUUUAUGGUAAGGUGGUGGUUAAUAAAAAAAAAAAAACAACAACAAAAAAAAAAACAAGCAGUGUACUCAAUUUACCCCAUGUAAUGGAGCAGGGUAUACUACUGCUACUGCAAAUCUGGGGCUACAUGUGUAUUCCAUAGAUUUAAAUAUUCUUUCCCUAGUGCUGUUGCACUGUGUGUGAUGGCAAUGCCUCUGAAAAUCAAAUAAAUUUGCACAUAUGAUUUUAUGCAUUAUAAAAAUAUAAAGUUACUGCUGCCUUGAAAGAAAAAAAAAAUGUUCUGUGAAAAAAAAAAAUUGCAAAAGCUUUACUAGUGUUUUUUUUUUAUUGUAACCUUUUGUAAAGGCAGGAAAUGGGUAUAAAAAUUCUAGCAUGCUAAAUAUAUUUUUCAAAAAAAAGCAAUAAUAAUUUUACAUGUACAGAUAUAAAUCUAAUCUUUUAAUACCGGUGAGAGCAACAGUUUACUUUGUCAUAUUUUAGCUUGGUUUUUCUAGAAUGUGGGCUUCUGAAAUAAAUUUGUUUAAACAAAAAAACAAAAAAA